AUUGCCAUUGGAUGAUAUGAGAAAAAAUAGGAAGAUAUAUCCAGAAAGUACGCCAGCUGCAGGGGUACCUUCAAGAAAAGACAAGCCUAGAGAUAGAUCACUGUCUCCCAGUAAAAGAAUACCUACGACAGUGGACUCAAAAACCACCGUGGAAAGUUUUGAAUCAGUUUCUAAUAAGUUUGACUCCAAAACAACAGUUAUCAAGGACUCCCAGGUGUUCGUGGACAACCAAAGCAGCAUGCAACACUAUACUAUCACUGAUGGCUACGACAGUACCAAGCCAAGGCCAAUCGAAGAUACUAAGAAGCCUAGAAAGAUGUCUCCUCAUGCCAUGCCUGCAGCUGGAAAACCAUCUGUUAAGCCUAAGGAUCGUUCUCCGAAGCCUAAAGGGCCUGUCACAGAUUCAACAUCUGUUGUGGAAAGCUACGAGACGAUCUCCACAAGCUCCGAUACGAAAAUAUCUCAAAUGAUCGAUUCCAAAACGACUGUAUCGAAAGACUUCGAGACCAUCGUGGAUCAACAGACCACUACCAUUGAAGACAAGUCAAGGCCAAGAGAGAAGAGGCCAAGGGGCCCAAACGAACCUUCACCAACUAGAAGACUGCACACGGAUGAAACGGUUGUUGUCACUGCGGAUUCUUAUGAUACUCUGAUCAACCAAGUGACUGAUAUAGUUGACAAAACUUUCGUCAAAGAGGACAUCGUGGAUAUAAAAACUAUCGACGAAGUGGAGAACAUAACAAACAUAAAACGUGUUUCUGACAACAAAGUGAUUACAAUCGAGAAGGUCAUUAAGGAACCUGCUCCCGGAGGGCCCGUCAUCAAGGUUCCCUUGAAAGAACAGUGCAUUUGCGAACUGUGUACUUGCGGUCGCCACAGCUGCCCGCACAAUGCAGACGCCUACAACGACCACUUGCAUCCAGAAGGUCCGUUCCUGGGCAAACCCAAGGAUGACUACAGCGCCACCAGAGGCCAGAGGUACCCUGUGAAGAAGCCUGAGGACCACCUGAAGCCUGAAGGAGAGUUCACCAAGCGCGAACCAGAACCUUGGAGGCCUGGUGAGAGGGCGCCUGUGAAGAAACCACAGGAUAACCUUAGGCCUGAAGGCGAGUUUGAGAAACCGAAACCUGAAGAGUGGAAACCUGGCGAGAGGCCUGCUGUGCACAAGCCGCAAGAUAAUUUGAGACCAGAAGGUGAUUUUGUCCGUCCGGAAAAAUCUGGUUACCAACCUGCCGAAAGACCAAAACAGAAGAAACCACAAGACAAUCUUUAUCCUGAGGGCGAAUUUGAAAAACCAAAACCGGAGGAAUGGAAACCUGCAGAAAGGCCAAAACCAAAAAAGCCGGAAGAUAACCUUAGACCCGAAGGGGAGUUCGAAAAACCUAAACCAGAACAGUGGAGACCGGCUGAACGCGCAACACCUAAGAAACCUGAGGAUAAUUUAAGGCCUGAAGGCGAGUUCGAGAAACCUAGACCAGAACAGUGGAGACCUGCUGAGCGUCCAAAACAAAAAAAACCUGAGGAUAACCUCCGACCUGAAGGCGAGUUCGAAAAACCUAAACAAGAACAAUGGAGACCAGCAGAGCGUCCGACUCCUAAGAAACCUGAAGAUAACUUGAGACCCGAGGGAGACUUUGAACGUCCAGAGAAGCCUGGCUAUCGACCAGCAGAAAGACCAAAACAGAAAAAGCCCGAGGAUAACCUCCGGCCUGAAGGCGAAUUCGAAAAACCUGAACCAGAACAAUGGAGGCCGGCAGAGCGUCCAACUCCUAAGAAACCUGAGGAUAACUUGAGACCUGAGGGAGACUUUGAACGUCCAGAGAAGCCUGGCUAUCGACCAGCAGAAAGACCAAAACAGAAAAAGCCCGAAGAUAACCUCCGACCUGAAGGCGAGUUCGAAAAACCUAAACCAGAACAGUGGAGACCUGCUGAACGUCCAGUGCCCAAGAAACCUGAGGAUAACCUAAGACCUGAAGGCGAGUUCCAGAAACCUGAACGGGAACAGUGGAGGCCUGCUGAACGUCCAACGCCUAAGAAACCUGAAGAUAACUUGAGACCUGAAGGUGACUUCCAACGUCCUGAAAAGCCAACUUGGUCUCCUGGCGAAAGGCCAAAGCAGAAGAAACCUACGGACAACUUGAAACCUGAAGGUGAAUUCCAAACACCAGAAAAACCCAAAUACCAACCUGCAGAAAGGCCUGUAGCUAAAAGGCCACAGGAUAAUUUGAAACCAGAGGGAGACUUUACAGGGGUAAGAACCGUUACCGAAGACUACAAGGUCUGUCGUGGUGAGAGGGCCGAUGUUAUCAUCCGAGAAGACAAUAUCGUCAUUGAGGGAGAGUUCACAGACGUAACCACAAACAAGAUUGACUUCACGGGUGAGCUAGUGCCUAGACCAAGCCCUAUACGCAGAAACACCUUCACCAAGGUAGAAGGCGAAUUUAUAGAUGACACCACUUCUAAAUCGGAAUUCGUUGACUAUACUACCUCUGUUGAACGAACUGUGGUAAAGAAACGCAAAGACAACCUUCGCGUUGAAGGAGACAUGACUUUUGAUACGUCUACGACAGUUGAAUACAAUGAAAAGACUCCGGUGGUUGAAAGAAGGCGCAGGACAUGGACCAAGGAUGAUUUUGAGAAAUUCUACUCUACUGAGAAGUCUGAGGUCACAACCACGACACAAGAUGUUUACAAAACGUUUGACACUACGGACUAUCGGCAAACUGUUGUUAUACAUAAGGACAACUUGAAACUAGAAGGCGAUUUUGAGAAACGGACACCUGAAAAGUUUGUGCCUGCAGAACGCCCUAAACAGAAAAGACCUGUUGAUAAUUUGAAACCUGAAGGUGAAUUCGACCGUCCGGAGAAACCAAAGUACAAACCUGUUGAAAGACCUGUGCAGAAAAAGCCUGAAGACAACCUUCAUCCUGAGGGCGAGUUUGAGAUUCCUGAGAAACCUAAAUGGAGUCCAGCGGAGAGGCCGAAACAAAAACGUCCUGAGGACAAUUUGAGGCCGGAAGGUGAUUUCCAGAGACCUGAAAAACAUAAAUACCGCCCUGGGGAGAGACCAGUUGCGAAGAAACCUGAAGAUAAUUUGCAUCCAGAGGGAGAAUUUGAAGUUCCAGAAAAACCUCAAUAUAGACCAGCAGAACGUCCGAAGCAAAAGAGACCCGAGGAUAACCUUCGCCCUGAGGGUGAGUUCGAGAGGCCAUCACCAACAAAGAUUGGUCCUGCAGAAAGAAGGAGUCCCAUCAAACAUGACGAUAAUCUUAGGCCAGAAGGGGAUUUCGAAAGACCUGAGAAGCCCAAAUAUAGAGCUGUUGAGAGACCAACUCCUAAAAGACCUUAUGAUAAUUUACAUCCAGAAGGAGAAUUCCAAGUUCCAGAAAAGCCCGAAUGGAGUCCAGCUGAAAGACCAAAACAAAAAAGACCUGAAGAUAAUCUCAGGCCCGAAGGUGAUUUCCAAAGACCCGAGAAACCUAGGUACAGGCCCGCAGAGAGACCGUCACCUAUAAAACCGGAGGACAACUUACAUCCAGAAGGAGAAUUUGAAGUUCCCGAGAAACCUCAAUAUAGAUCAGCAGAACGUCCCAAACAAAAAAGACCGGAGGAUAAUCUUCGACCCGAGGGUGAGUUUGAGAGACCAACGCCAACAAAGAUUUGUCCUGCAGAAAGGAGGAGUCCAAUCAGGCAUGAUGACAAUCUUAGACCAGAAGGAGACUUCGAAAGACCUGAGAAGCCUAAAUACAGACCUGCUGAGAGACCAACUCCUAAACGACCUCAGGAUAAUCUGCAUCCAGAAGGGGAGUUCCAGGUUCCAGAGAAACCUGAAUGGAGCCCAGCAGAGAGACCGAAACAAAAACGUCCCGAGGACAAUCUUAGGCCAGAGGGAGACUUCCAAAGACCAGAGAAACCACAAUAUAAACCCACCGAGCGUCCAAAACAAAAGAAACCUGAGGAUAAUUUGCAUCCAGAAGGAAAAAUUGAGGUUCCAGAAAAACCACAAUACAGACCAGCAGAACGUCCAAAGCAAAAGAGACCUGAAGAUAACCUUCAUCCGGAAGGUGAAUUUGAAAGACCAACGCCAACGAAAGUCGGUCCUGCUGAAAGAAGGAGUCCCAUUAAACACGAUGACAACCUUAGGCCAGAAGGCGAUUUUGAGAGACCGGAGAAACCAAAAUACAAGGCAGCAGAACGUCCUAAACAAAAGAAGCCAGAAGAUAAUCUUCGGCCAGAAGGAAAAUUCGAAGUACCAGAUAAGCCAGAUUGGACUCCAGCCGAAAGACCCCAACAGAAACGUCCUGAAGAUAAUCUUCGACCAGAAGGUGAUUUUGAAAUACCAGAAAAACCAGGUUGGACGCCAGCUGAAAGACCUAAACAAAAACGGCCCGAAGACAAUCUUAGGCCUGAAGGAGAAUUUGAACGACCGACGCCAACUAAAAUUGGUCCUGCGGAGCGUAGGUCUCCAAUAAAGCAUCAUGACAAUCUUAAACCUGAAGGAGAAUUUGAAGCACCAGAGAAGCCGAGCUGGACUCCGGCUGAAAGACCUCAACAGAAACGUCCUGAAGAUAAUUUAAGACCUGAAGGGGAAUUUGAGCGCCCAACGCCAACCAAAGUUGGUCCUGCCGAGCGCAGAUCACCGAUCAAACAUCAUGACAAUCUUAAACCUGAAGGAGAAUUCCAAGUGCCAGAGAAGCCAGGUUGGACUCCUGCUGAAAGACCACAACCAAAACUUCCUCAAGACAACCUUCGACCUGAGGGUGAUUUUGAAGUUCCAGAGAAACCAGGAUGGACUCCAGCUGAGAGGCCAAAACAGAAACGACCUGAGGAUAACCUCAGACCUGAAGGUGAUUUCGAACGACCUGCACCCACCAAAGUCGGUCCUGCUGAACGUAGGUCUCCUAUAAAACACGAUGACAAUCUUAGACCAGAAGGCGAAUUCCAAGUGCCUGAGAAGCCGGGUUGGACUCCUGCUGAAAGACCACAACCAAAACUUCCUCAAGACAACCUUCGACCUGAGGGUGAUUUUGAAGUUCCAGAGAAACCAGGAUGGACUCCAGCUGAGAGGCCAAAACAGAAACGACCUGAGGAUAACCUCAGACCUGAAGGUGAUUUCGAACGACCUGCACCCACCAAAGUCGGUCCUGCUGAACGUAGGUCUCCUAUAAAACACGAUGACAAUCUUAGACCAGAAGGAGAAUUCCAAGUGCCUGAGAAGCCUGGCUGGACUCCUGCUGAAAGACCUCAACCAAAACGUCCUGAAGACAACCUUCGACCUGAGGGUGAUUUUGAAGUGCCAGAGAAACCAGGUUGGACUCCAGCUGAGAGGCCAAAACAGAAACGACCUGAGGAUAACCUCAGACCUGAAGGUGAUUUCGAACGACCUGCACCCACCAAAAUCGGUCCUGCUGAACGUAGGUCUCCUAUAAAACACGAUGACAAUCUUAGACCAGAAGGCGAAUUCCAAGUGCCUGAGAAGCCGGGUUGGACUCCUGCUGAAAGACCUCAACCAAAACGUCCUGAAGACAACCUUCGACCUGAGGGUGAUUUUGAAGUGCCUGAGAAACCAGGAUGGACUCCAGCUGAGAGGCCAAAACAAAAACGACCUGAGGAUAACCUCAGACCCGAAGGUGAUUUCGAACGACCUGCACCCACCAAAGUUGGUCCUGCUGAACGAAGGUCUCCAAUAAAACACGAUGACAAUCUUAGACCAGAAGGAGAAUUCCAAGUGCCUGAGAAGCCGGGCUGGACUCCUGCUGAAAGACCUCAGCAGAAACGUCCAGAAGAUAACCUUCGACCUGAGGGUGAAUUCCAGGUGCCAGAAAAACCCGGAUGGACUCCAGGUGAAAGACGUCAGCAGAAACGUCCCGAUGAUAACCUUCGUCCGGAAGGCGAAUUCGAAGUACCAGAAAAACCAAGAUGGACUCCAGCUGAAAGGCCAAAACAGAAACGCCCUGAAGAUAAUCUGAGGCCUGAAGGCGAAUUUGAACGCCCAACAACAACCAAAGUUGGUCCUGCCGAACGCAGAUCUCCGAUCAAACAUUAUGAUAAUCUUAAACCUGAAGGAGAAUUCCAAGUGCCUGAGAAACCAGGAUGGACUCCAGCUGAGAGGCCAAAACAAAAACGACCUGAAGAUAACCUCAGACCUGAAGGUGAAUUUGAAACACCGACCAAACCUAAAUACAUUCCUGCAGAAAGACCCAAACCAAUGAAACCUGGAGACAAUUUACGUCCAGAAGGAGAAUUUGAAAGGCCAACGCUAACAAAGGUUGGUCCUGGUGAGCGAAGAUCUCCGAUCAAACAUGGUGAUAAUUUGAAGCCUGAAGGAGAAUUUGAAAGGCCAGAAAUCAAAGAAGUUGGUCCUGCAGAGAUAAGAAAGCCAAUCAAACACGACGAUAAUCUGAAACCUGAAGGUAGUAUGGAAGUAAUUAGGAAAGACGAUUACAAUGUUGUUCGGGGAGAAAGGGUCGAUAUCAUCAGGCACGAAGAUAACCUGAAAAUGGAGGGUGAAUGGGAUAUCAGACGUAGAGAUGACUACGCCACAACCACAGUUAUAGAUAGAGCCGAAGUUAUCAAAAGACAGGACAACAUAAAGAUGGAAGGUGAAUUGGAUAUACGUCGUAGAGACGACUACACCAAAACUACUGUUGUUGAUAAAGCUCAAGUUAUCAAGCACGAAGACAAUUUGCGAGUUGAAGGUGAAUUCACUGAUAUCCGUUCCAGGGAUGAUUACACUGUGGUACGAGGCGAGAGAUGUGAUGUGGUCAAACGUCAAGAUAAUCUCAGGAUGGAGGGUGAAUUCAAUCAGUACAGAAAGAGGGAUGAAUUUGUAACCAAAACUGAAAGAACAGAAGUUGUUAUUCAUGAGGACAAUCUAAAGCUCGAAGGAGAAUUUGAAAGACCUACGCCUACCAAAGUAGGUCCUGCUGAGAGAAGAAAGCUUAUCAAACACGACGACAAUCUGCAUCCAGAAGGAGAAUUCGAACGUUAUGAGAAGCCUGGUUACCGACCAGCGGAAAGACCAACAGUUAAGAAGCCACAAGAUAAUUUGAGGCCGGAGGGUGAAUUCCAGACACCGACAAAACCGAAGUAUCAACCAGCUGAGAGACCGACUCCAAUUCGACCUCACGAUAACUUACACCCAGAGGGUAAGUUCGAAACUCCAACCAAGACUCCAGUCGGUCCAGGGGAGCGCAGGACUCCUAUUAGACAUCCAGAUAAUUUACACCCUGAAGGAGACUUCGACAGACCUCAGAAACCAGGUUACAGACCUGCUGAGAGGCCAACUCCUAAAAAACCGCAUGACAACUUGCGGCCUGAAGGUGAAUUCCAAACACCAAGCAAACCGAAGUACCAGUCUGGUGAAAGGCCUUCUCCAAUUCGUCACCAAGAUAACUUACGUCCAGAAGGAGAGUUCGAAACACCCACCAAGACACCUAUAGGACCUGGAGAACGUAGAAGUCCCAUCAAGCAUCCUGAUAACUUACACCCUGAAGGAGACUUUGACAGACCUCAUAAGCCAGGUUACCAACCAGCUGAGAGACCAACUCCUAAAAAACCACAUGAUAACUUGAGACCAGAGGGUGAGUUCCAAACUCCAUCAAAGCCGAAGUACCAGCCGGUUGAAAGACCCUCACCAAUACGUCACCAGGAUAACUUACGUCCAGAGGGUGAAUUUGAAAAGCCUACAAAGACACCGGUAGGUCCAGGUGAAAGAAGGUCCCCAAUACGUCACCAUGACCAUUUGAAACCAGAAGGAGUUUUCGACAGGCCUCAUAAAACGGGUUACCAACCGGCUGAAAGAGCCAUCCCUAUGAAACCUCAAGAUAAUUUGAAGCCUGAAGGAGAAUUCCAAACUCCAACAAAGCCUAAGUACCAGCCAGCGGAGAGACCUACUCCUAAGAAGCCUCAAGACAAUCUAAAACCAGAGGGUGAAUUCCAUGAUAAAUCUAUAGCCAGGUCUCAAUAUACGGUUGUUAGAGGCGAAAGAGCCGAAAUUAAACGUCAUGAAGAUCACUUGAGAGUUGGAGAAGGCAAGAUGGAGGUUAUCACUACAACGAAAGAAACAUUUGAAAAGACUCCUAAGGAGGUGGUUCCUUCCACUGAUGGACAUGUUGCUGACAUGAUCACCAGACAGCGACACAUGGAAUCGCACAUUUCGCUAGGGAACGACACAACCAACAUGCAGACUACCAAUCAGACGAAUUACAAUACUUAUACCCGCAAAGUAGACCGCAAAGUCGUUGACAAGAAAGAAGUUAACGUUGUCGACAAACAUACUACAAAUAUAGUUGAUACGAGUGUGAACGUGAUUGACAAGAAAACAAAUGUCGCCGACAGAAAAGACUCGAGUCGUGUCAGCAAAACUUCCACAGAUGUUUCACAGGACACAAAAACUUUGUCUGAUGGCACGGUUGUCACUACAGUGAAGAAGACAACCAGAACAACGGGAGCCCAAGAAAGCAGGCAAGUGGAUCAACACGCGGCACAAAGAGUAGUUCAUAAAGAAACGGUAUCUAGUGCCAAUGAAAUCAAAAAAUCAUCCUCACAAACGCACGUCCAUCAAUCGCACCAAGCACAACAAGUAGUAAACAACAGGAAUGUCGUUCGAGAAAACAACAUCAUUCAUCGAGACACAAGCACAAACUCUCAACAAAAUCUAGAAAAGCAUACGCACCAUAAGAGAGAUAUGAUCAGCAAUGAAGAUAUUAGCAAUCAGAUCUUGCACAGAAAAGGUAUCCAUACUUCAACAGAAGCUCUCCACGCAACUAGCUCUUCAGCUUUGGACAUGAGGAAGUCGGUUUGCAACAUCCAUGACCAAGGUAGAACUACAGUAAACACGGAAAGGCAUAGUUUAAGUUCAAUGCAUCGCUCAAACCAAGAGCAACAACAGAGCAACAGGAGAAGUGCUCACCAAAUCAAUUACCAGACUCAAGAAAGGCCGCAAAAGAUAGUGAGGCGUGACAACCUGUCAGUUGGAGGACAUUUCUAUAGCGAGUCUCAGAGCAGAUAUGGAGAAUUCACCAAACAGCAAAACGUUCAAAAGGUGGAGAGAGUAUCUAGGAGGUCCAACGUGUCCAAUAUAACUCUUGGUGACAGCAAUCUACAUAUCGUUACUUCGUACAAGAAAGAAUAUUCACCAAGAAAUAUCGGUCCAUGUCCAGCAGUCUUAGUAGAUGCUCCAAAGGGUCCUUUCAAGCAUACAAGGGACACAAAGUCUCAUAAGUUCUAUAUGCCCGUAAUAGGGAAAUAAGAUCAUUAUCAUUCCUAUUGUGUAAGAUCAUUUUUAGACUGUUAAGUAACGUUCUAACAUUGUGAUAUUUUAUUAAUUGGUUAUUAAUGACAUAUUUUUUUAUAUACGCAACGGUAACACAUCGCAAUAAACUUUUAUAUAUUCUGUGCUUUAAUUUUUACGGUAGAUGGGUUUUAUAUCGCUGUUGAAAGAAAACAUUGUUAUGUCAAUUUAAAGCUUGCCAGUGCUUGUUAAGAUUACAAAACCCAAUAAAUAUUUCAUUUUGUAUUCAAUUUUUGUUUCACUUUUCCUUUUGUUUGCUGUAGAAUAUCCACGCAUGUGUGAGAUAUUGAAAUAAAGUGCUGAAACCUAGCAUUUCUUUACAUGGAGUAAAGGUAAUGUUUUGGGAGGUUGAAAAUGAUUUAUGAAAAUGUCCACCGUCAAAUAGGGAAACUUAUGUGUCUGGUGUAAAAAGGAAUAUGUGAAUUUCUUGAAUAAAUUUUGUUUUGUAUGAAA